AUGCCCGUAACCAAUCGUGGAGGCCUACCCGGCGCCGACUACAAUUACUUGAAAGCCCAACCGCCCUCCUGGGAGUCUGUUCGAACCGGACUGUCUAUUUUUGCCUUGGUCAUCAUUGCACGCUACUGUGUGCAGACGAUCUACCGAUGGCUUAGACCAACCGCGAGGCGCAACACUGCUACUCUUCUCCCCACUAACAACCUGCCGCUGCAGAGACAGUACGAUUACAAGCCACACCUUGGGCCAAUGGACGAUGAAAAGCACAUUGAAGGGGUCAACGACCAACACGAGGAACUGAGGGCGCCGACUACGACGACAACGACGACGACGACGAACACGACUACAGCCGCAAUGGAUCGGCACCCGCACUGGAGAAGCGCCGGUGGCACCUUGCCUGGACCUUUCAUCUCCCGGCUGCCUCCCGCGCCACCUUUGACUCCGCCGGAGCUGAGCACAGCCGUCUUCACCUUGGACAACGAACGGUCACCCAGCAGCCAGAGCUUCAUUCACCAGCCCAACCCCGACUACAUGUCCUCGACGUCAACCACGGCGUUCCAGACAGGCAGCCCGGACUCUGCGUCUAUCCCGCGGCGGCGAUCCUACACUAGGACGCUCCCCAUUAGCGUCCCUGGGUCUGGGUCUCACUCUCCUCAAGCGCAGUCUCCCGAGGCUGAAUCCGUGGAUCCAACCUUUUCGCCCAGCUCCUACCCGCCAUCGGCCGGCUUGUUGCCGCCUGCGCCUCCCUCGGGUCUUGGCUCAGAGCCAGAUGAUCACGGCCAUCGAAACGUCGACGUCCAGGGCGAGAUUCUCUCGGUUCUCGAUCGCGACGGAGCUGGCUGGACUCGCCAUACACGUGUCUACGGUGGCGGAGCUUGUCUAGCGUGCGCUGCCAGCGGCGGUGGUUUUUACGGUGCUACUGUGACUCCAGAGGAGAUGCGGUGA